GCUUAUAAGGGCAAUGUGUGCGCUUGCUUGUGGUCAGAACAUGGAAGUGUAAACAGCAAGAGUACAUAAGCCCCGCAUCUCAGACAACUCUCAGUCCAGACAACACGCUCUUGACUCCAUCAUUCUCCGUGAUCCUGACACCUCAGUCAAGAUGCGUCCGGCAGGCUUUGGCCUCAUCCUGGCAUGUGCAGUGGCUCUCAGUAGCGCUGCUGUUAUUUUAGAAAAUGGCAUGCCAGUACUUUGGGCUCAAACCGCUGGCCAAGUAAGUGAGCUCCCAAUCUCAAACGGGAUUUUGACUCCUGAUCCCUGGCAUUUUCUCAACCGUAUGAGUUUGUACCGGCUGAUGAUCGCUGCUACAGACCCCCUCAUGGGAUCCAUGGGAAUGAGCUCCACAUUAAGUCCUCUGUGGGGUCUGCCACUGCAGCUUGGGUGGAUGCUGACUUCUGGGCGACUUGCUGACCCGACUGAUGCAACAACCUGUGGUCUGCAAACAGGAGAUACCAUGUGUAUUUCAACUCAGAGCUGGUGGGGCUGUGUGAACUACUUCACUUCUGCACUACCCUUCUUGUCUGCUGCACAGCAGGGCUUCUUUGGACCAGAUGUUCAGGUCCAGCUGCAGGUUCCUGCAGGUGUGGAAGACUACUGUACCACUUAUGCUGACUGUUCAACUCGCUACCCCGAUGCCAUGUCAAAGUGGGAUGCCUUUUUCCAGAGCCACUAUUCUUCAGAAGAGCUGGCCUUUGUCAACAGCUGGUUGAACUCAGCAGAGUAUGUAGCUGCAGCUCAUUUCCAGGCCAACUUGGAAAAAUCUACAUUGUUCCUGACCCCUCUGCCAAGUAGAAUUCUACGGGCGGGUGAUGUGGCACCUAACAUUGCUGAUCUGAGUCAGGAGGAGAACCACUCACUGUCAAUCUUCUCCUGGAUGAACAACAUAAAUAAUCUUCUUGGCGGGUCGCUGGUGCGUAUGUGGAAAAGCGCCAUGUGCUCAGUGGCUACAAGAGAGAAAGGAAGAGAUUUGUUGGAGCAACUGCUUCUGAAUCCCGGCUUCGCCACCAGCACUUUCCUGUCCAUCAUCACUGAAAUGACAACAAGCUGCUGAUUCUAACACAGAGGAAGAGAAGAAGACAUCAACUCCUUCCAAACGUUCAUACCAGGACAAUGAUUUCCCUCUUUGAUCCAUGAGUUUUUUUUUGUUGUCACACUUGUUAAUAUUUCUAUCCCAGUAAAGAUUCCAUAGAUCCUGACACACCAACUCAAUGUUAAAUUUUCUUGCCUCUACUUUGUUUGGCAUAAAUAAAAGUCAAACUGAUAAUCAUAUAUAAGAAACAAAAAUACAAUAUGGCAUGUGUAUGAUUUUCCAGAAAUAUUCACUAAUGUCUAUUUUCAUGAUCAGUCCACUAACAUUAAUGUCAGGGAAAGUAGAAGGUCCAUUUUC